AUGACAAAAACAGUGACCAGGAGCCGCCAUGUGUGCAUUGGACACGGCACCUGCAACGCCGACACCUGCAGUUGCAGGCGACCGAAAGCGAAAAUACAAGCCACCUCGGAACGAGUUGCCACAGCUGUAAGUGGCAUUUAUUAUGAAAUAACAGAUAUAAAACGGCAGUCGGAGGUGGCGCUGCCUCCAGUGCUCAAAAAUGAGUACAUAACUGAUACGUUCGAGACGUCGUAG